CCCUCUCCUUACGCAGCCCUGGUUUAUGAGGGAAAAUGUAUCGUCUCGGCCAACAGACUAUCUCCAAGAUCGCUUUCACUACCUUUUUAUCUACUGUGCCACGGGAAUAUUUUCAUUUUACUAGACAAUACAAUAAAAGCUGGUCGUGUAUUGGCUGAUUUUUGAUCAAAUUAUAUCUUUGUUUGCACGAAAAUGCCAAGGACCAAGAAGAAGAAUAGCAGGGGAGGGCAGCAUGGACAUGUGCAGCCUUUCAGUGAUGAGGAUGCCUCCAUUGAGACCCUCAGUCAUUGCAGCAGCUUCAGUGACACCACGAGUGUAGCAGAUGAAGGUGGAGAGGCCAGUGAGGACGCAGCCCAGGAGGAUUUCCAGUACAAGCUGAAGGGGUUCAUAGACAGCACUGUGGAUAAGAGUGCUAAGACCAGACAAGGGGCACUGGAUGGACUUAAGACGGCACUGGCCACACGCAUCUUGUAUGAGUUCAUCUCAGAGAGAAGGAUGACCAUCACAGACAGCAUCGAACGCUGCCUCAAGAAAGGCAAAGGCGAGGAGCAGCGAGCAGCGGCUUCCUUAGCAUGCCUGCUGUGUAUUCAGCUCGGCUCGGGCAUCGAGAGCGAGGAGGUGUUCAAGACUCUGAAACCCAUCUUCAAAAACAUCCUGGCAGAUGGAUCAGCCAACAUACAAGCCAGACAGGCAGUUGCGACAAGUCUGGGCCUCUGUACUUUAGUUGCAGAAGAUGACAUUUUGGACGUACAUGCUACCAUGGAGUGCUUUGAGAACCUGUUCACCCGGUCCUAUGCUAGGGCGGAUGGUACUUGUCCUUUGAUCAAUCCCCAGACAAGCCAGCUUCACACCAAUGCCCUGCUGUCCUGGGCACUGCUGCUCACCAUCUGCACUCCCAACCAGCUCAAAGACAUCCUGCACAAACACCUUCCUAAACUGCCAAGACUGCUGGAAAGUGAGGAUGUUAACAUGAGAAUUGCAGCAGGGGAGACCAUUGCCUUGCUCUUUGAGCUGGCCAGAGAUAUGAACUGUGAUUUUGAGUUUGAGGACUGGGAUGAACUGUGUAACAAACUGAACGCGUUGGCCACAGACGGCAACAAGCACAGAGCCAAGACAGACAAGCGGAAGCAGCGCUCGGUGUUCAGGGAUGUACUCAAGGGUGUUGAGGACGGUGACUUCCAGUCUGAGACCAUUCGCUUUGGGACGGAGCGCAUGACCAUCGACAGCUGGGUCAGGAAGAGGACAUAUGAUGCCUUCAGAGAGUUUGUGGGCUCUGGGAUGAAUUACCACCUACAGGGUAAUGAGUUCAUCAGAGAUGUGUUCGAACUGGGACCACCAAUGUUGGUUGAUUCAGCCACAAUGAAGGCAAUGAAAAUCUCUCGCUUUGAAAGGCAUCUCCACAACUCGGCUGCAUUCAAGGCUCGGACCAAGGCCAGGAGCAAGUUCAGGGACAAGAGGGUGGAUGUGGGAGAAUUUUAACCUCUUCCUUUCCUUUUUUUAGGGGACUCUUAAAACCUGUUUAACAGGCUUCCCUACUUUUUAGAUGAAUUGUUACCUUUGUGUUCAUGUGAUCCCUGAAAUCUAUCUGUUGAGUAUCAAACGCUGUUACCCUCUGCAGGAGGCGAGUGGAUGGCGAUCAGACAAAUAGAUUUUGAGUAGAAGAGUCUAACUUUAAUAUAUCCCCACAUUAACAGUGGUGUUGUACAUAUAGUGUAUUAUUUUGUUUUUUUUUGUUUUUUUUGUUCUGUUAUUAAUAAUCAUUAUGUGGACUUUUUUAAAAUAUAUAUGUAAUAAGUUAUAUAACCAGCAUUUGUCUUUGGACCUUAUCGUCCUAGUUCAUAGCAAUGUGAAGACACAUGUUGUGAUUGUCCUAAACCUGUUUUGUAUUAAGUUGCAUACUUUGAUAAUCCAUAGCAGGUUAUUUCUGUAGAACCUUAGUUGAAUAUGGUGUCUUUAUAAGUACCUGGUGUUAAACAGUGGUGGACUCUGUCUGUCAUGGGGAAAAUAAACGAGGAAAUAAAUAAAAA